UCACCUGGUCGAAGUACUGCGCCUAAAGACAGAAAGAAAAGAGAGCUUAGGAAGAAAAGUAAAGAGAAAGGAAUUGAAGUAGAAAAGAUUACCAGAAUGAACCAUAAUGAAGAACAGAACAAUAACUACCCCUAUGACAACCACAGUGAAAGAAGUCAAAAACCUGUGGAACCGUAUUACCAAAUUGCUGCUGCUUUUCGAGAAGCUACUGCUGGAGUUGCCACCCUGCCUGCCCAUCAGGAAGGGAAACUAAUCUGCAACAGUGCCAGCUCUCGGUUCACUUGCUAUAACUGUGGAGAAGUUGGACACAUGACCAGGGAAUGUAUGAGUGAAAUGAGGAACCUGACUCCAAGAUCCCAAAACAACCCCCCAACUCGAUUUGUGCCAAAACUGCAAGAUGUGAACUUUGUUGGACUGGAAGAAAAUGAAGGAUACACCUCCAAAGUUGAAGCGGAAGUAUUCGUGACCCCUAAAGCUCACUACCAACCAUACUCAUUGCAGAGAACUAGAAGCCGUAUUAAAAACUUGGAGUUGCAGCUCGAAGAAAAGCUAAGAAAUAAUUCGUCAGCAGCUGAGGUCCCCCUUGCAAACCCUGUAAAUAGAGGUCCCAACCUCAUAACUCUUACUCCAGGCAAUUUCACAACCCCGAGGCCUCAUCGGAAAAAGGGACAACUUGCCGAAAUUCUGAUUUCUCACGAUGGAGAUCCUCCCCUGCUCAAAUCUGAUGACAGAGACGAAUUCGAAAAGACGUUUGACAAGUUCGAAUAUAAAGAUGAGGACUUGGAAGAAGCCAAAGGUUAUUUUACUGAAGAAGUCCCGAGUGACGAACUGUAUAAUAAUCCUUGGAAAGACCAUUUCUCACCUACCAUUUACCUUGCCAAUAUUGAAGAACAUCCUACUGAAGGAAAAGACCCUGAGGAAGAAACCCUAGAAGAAAAAAUUAAACAAAACAUAAAUACCAAGGACCUAUUCCCCGAACAACAAAAGGAAGCAUACACCCUACUUAUCUGUGAAAAAAGUGUCUUUGAAGGACAUGAGUGA